GCGCCAACGGCGACCGCGUCGCGAGAGCAGCAUGGAGCGCCCCGCAGCCUUCGUCGACAUCUCGGACCAGCACUGCGUGUGCCAAAAGAACACGUUUGUGAGCAAACGCAUGCGCAUCCAGCUGCGGCACGUGGGCUGGAUGAACAUCAUCCUCCUCGUGCCUGCCAUCCUCUUCAACAUGUACAGCUACGACUACUACUCGGGCGACAACGACGGCCUCGCUGCCUGCCUCACGUACAAUGACGUGCGCGUCGUCGUGCGCGUCGUGCUCUGGGCCACGAGCGCCAUCUUGUUCUUGCCAACAACGGGCCUCCAGCCGUUCAAGCUCUACCGCGUCCGGUACGAGUCGCUCACGUCGCGUCUCUGCCAGCGCCUCCACGCGCUCUCGACGCCGCCGACCAAGCCGCCGACGGCGCGCCCGUACGUUGUGCGCACCCCCUUUCUCCGCCUCUGCGAGGUCACGGCGCUCUGCCAGAUCGCGCUCCUCGCCUUUACGAUGGUGUACAUUCCGCUUGGCAUGUUUGAAGGCUCGUGGACGUGGAACUGCUACGCGGCGCUGCCGCGGGGUCUCGUGUACGUCCUCCACGCCUCGUCGUUUGUCUUGUCGAUCUGGGCGUACAUGGUGACGUGGGACUUUUUGGUGAUGUUUCAUCAGCUGCGCACGCACCUCCUCUUCCAGCACUGCGUCUUUGGCGACGCGCAGCGCGCCCGCGACGGUCCGUUUGGGCGGUCGCCGAAGGAGGUGCUUCGCCACUGCAUGUGGAUGGCGAUCCGCGACCAAAACCUGGACGCCCUUAAGCUUGCGGUGGCGCGCGCCAAGGAGAUGGACCCGACGUUCGCAAAGACGUGGUUUUGCGGCGCCAAGAUCCGCUGCUUCAAGUUUUUUGCGCGCUCGCAGCACAAUCCACUGCACUUUGCCAUCAAGACGCGCCAAGCUGCCGCCGUCACCUUCCUCCUCGAGUCGGGCUUUGACCCGAACGCGCUCGAGAAGGUCCAGAUGGCCGAGUUUGGCCUCCGCAACAUCUACCAAGACGUGUUUUACUUCUUCUCGCACAGCUACCGCGAACCACCGAGCUUGUAUGGCCCGCGCGGCUGGUUCAAGCACACGCUGCUGUCGCCGCUGCAUGUGGCGGUCAUCCGCAGCGACCACCAGCUCGUGACCGACCUCUUGGUCGCGGGCGCAGACCCCAACGUCUCGGCGCAGUCGUCGAGCGCCAUGUACGCGACGCCGCCGCUCUUCUGGGCCACCAACGUCGACGUGACGAGGACGCUGCUCGAACACGGCGCCAACCAACUGUUUGUGCCCAAAUAUGGUUUCUACAUGACCGCGUACGAAGACGCGGUGAUCCAAGGACGCCACGCGAUUGUUCGGCUGCUCGAGAGCUGGGGCGGCGACAUUGCGCUCACGCCGCUCCAUGACGCUGCCGCACAGGGCGAAGCCGAGCGCAUGGAUCCGUUUCUGUCGCCCGCCUCCGUCAACACACUCGGCGAGCAGUCCAACGGCUUGUUCCGCCGGACGCCGUUGCACUGGGCGGCCAUCCGCGGCCAAGUGGAGACCGCGCGCGUGCUCUUGGAGAACGGCGCGAGUGUCAACGCGUUCGACACGUGGGGGCGCACGCCGUUGGCGUGGGCGUGCUACCUCAACCACGCACCGCUCGUUGAGGAGCUUUUGACCAAUUGGCACGCGGACCCGAGUGUCGUCGACUACCUCGGCCAGUCGAUUCCGUGUCUCUGCGCCAGUCGCGACGGAAUCGAUACGGCAAUCUUCCGUCUACUGCGCGAGAACGGCCUCGGCGACUUUGGCACGUUAGAGAAUGGAGACUCGCCGCUGCACAUUGCGUUGAAGCUCUGCCACGAAAAGACGGCCGUCGCGCUGGUCCGCUCGGGGUCAUCGACGACCAGCGUCAACGACGACGGUGUUCGAGCCAUCGACUGCACCUCGUCCACGGAGCUCCAGUUUAUCAUCAAGAAAGAAGCUGGUCAGCGCGACGUCAUGAUCAGCUACAGCCACGCGUUCCAGCCGUUCGCGCUCCGGCUCCGGCAGUCGCUCGAAGACAACUUUUUGACAACGUGGAUGGACUUGAUGGACCCAACUGGCAUCAGCGGCGGUGCCGUGUGGCGCGACGAGAUUGCCAACGGCAUCCAGAACGCUGCCGUUGUGCUCUGCAUUCUGAGCGAGACGUACCCGGCGUCGCAGUGGUGCAUGAAGGAACUGGCCUUUGCCAAGGCCCACAACGUCCCAGUGGUUGCAGUCAUGGCGCAGACGACCGAAAUGACGGACGAGCUGCAAGUGUACCUCUGGAGCCGCCAACUCGUGGACUUUCGGCCCGCCAUUGUGUCGGCCUCCGAGGGGCCACUCGUUGUCGACAACAUCAUUUACAGCCAGCAGCUCGCGUCGCUUCUCGACGGCCUCCGCAACGAAGUCGAGCUCCGGCGCAUGGAUCGCCCUGCUGCGUCCGUGAGGCGGUCGACAUUGCUCGUGCGCCAAGCCAGCAUGCGACGUCCCGUGGUUGAAGCCAUUGCAUCACGCUUUGUAUUUAUUAGCCACGGCAACUGCCACCUCGAUUUUGCGCGGCGUCUCAAGUCUGCGCUGUGGGACCAAGGCAUCUUUGCCUACAUUGAACACGAGCACGCGGGCUUGAGCAUCAAUGACGCGAUCCUUAAGUGCGACGCGUUCAUCCCCAUCUUCUCGGAAGCGUCGUGCGUCUCGGACGUCUUCUCCGAUCAACUCUCGUUUGCAGAAAACCGCGAGAAGCGCAUUGUGCCGGUGCUAUUUUCACCCAACUUUUUCCGCCUCGCGCACCUGUACUCGCUCUCGUUGCACAAGUCGGUCGUGCACUUUAACGAAGCCAUUGGGUUCCAAGAAAGUCUGGACCACCUCUUUGCAGCGUACCCCUGGAUUCAAGCCAACGACAACGUCGAACUCGAUUUGGACAGCGACGGCAGCGAGCACGAAAAACCUCCAGUGUUAGAAGCUCGCAAUCACACGGGCGUGGUACCACUCCCAAAGGAAUCGGUGGUCUCGUCCUCGUAACCAAUGAAAGUGGUCAAAAUGACAACACAAACUGUGGUCAACGAUCUCCUUCCGAGU